AUGUCCGACCCGCACCACCGCCUCGACACGGGCGUGGCGGCGUCACGCGGGCCGUCACCCGUGUCCAACUUCUCCAGUGCACCUCCCAACCCAUCUUCCAACUUAACCACCUUCCCCAACCCUUUCCAGGACGAGCCCGAGACUGGCCUCCUCCCAUCGCUCCUAUCCAAGGUCAAGAGCACCUUCUCGUCCGCGCCUCCAAAGGAAGCCAAGGAAGCCGCCGCGCCGGCUCAACCACCCCAGAGCGCGGCCCAGCAGAUCGCCGAGACGACCCGCAAGCAGCAUGCCGCGCAGGCGCAGGCGCAGGCCCAAGCCGCAGCGACGGCACAGGCACAGGCUGCCCAGGCAGUGGCAACGCCGUCGACAAUGACAUCGCACACUUCGGCCGUGUCCGUUCCGAGCGUCGCGACGCGGCGGGGGACUAGCCAGCUCUCGAUCGGGCCUUCUGACGACACAUCGCCAUCGUCUGCAGUCUCGCCCACCGCGCCGUCGCUCAUUGUCGCAGCGCUUCCCCUUCCAACCCGCGCUCAGCACAGUCAUCAGAACUCGACGGCGUCCGCCUCAAAUCUGUCUAGUGCGGCCGCGAGUGUCACCAGCUCCCAACCCCAACCACAACCGCGUCGCCACCUCAUUCCCGGUGAGGCCAAUUGGAGGCCCUCUGCAGCGAGCGCGCAGGUGACCGUCUCGCCGGUGACGAGCGUCACAACGACUGCGCCCCGCAUGAGCGAGGAGGGCAUGCCACCCCCGCGCCUCAUGAGUGUGACCCCGACGAUGGAGAUCACCAACGCCAAAGGCAAGCCUGUGCCUGGCAGUGCGAUGCUCGGUGGAGGAAGAUUACGCCGCGGCUCGAUUGGGACCAUUCCAGACUCACCCAGCAGCGUCUCAUUAUCAGCCAUGAUCUCAGGCAACGCCGAGCUCAGCCAAAACAACGGUUACUCCUUUGUUCCAGGUUUCCAGCUGCCCGCGGAGGACACACGCAGCAUUCGCUCCUUGGCGAUAGCCAAGCGACCACACUCGGUAUCCAAGAUUAUCCGCCGAAUGCGGGGCGAAGGCUUAAGCAAGCACUACUGGAUGGCUGACGAGAACUGUAAGGAAUGCUACGACUGCAAAUCGGUAUUCACCACUUGGCGACGAAAACACCACUGUCGCAUCUGCGGCCAGAUCUUCUGCGGCCGAUGCGCCUCCAACAUCAUCGGGGCGCGCCGCUUCGGCCAGGACGGCAUGGUGCGCGUGUGCAACCUGUGUCUUAAGAUCAUGGAAGACUAUGACGACGAUGACGACCGGCGCAGCAUCAACUCGACUAUGUCGGGCCUCACAGGCCUGCCGGAUCGCGUCAUCUCGCCUGAGAUCACGUACUCGCAGUCGCCCUUUGCCGCGAGCCAGCUCUUCCGCAGUACGAACGACUCGUUAUCCGCGAUCGAGGAGUCGGUCCACCAGCCGUACAGGGACGAUGACUCGGACUGUUCGGAUACAGACGAGAACACGGGCAGCAAGUGGGGCCUUUGGCCUUCUAUCGCAGCGCCCUUCCGUCGGCACCCGGACGACAACUCAGACGACCAUGGGCAGGAGAGCAACACUCACAGCGAGCUUGCUUCUGAGGUCCCAUCACCGCGACCAGGCAGUGCAGGAGGCGACAAUGCCAAGCCAGACUUCCCAUUAGACAGGCGCCCGCGCGUUGGCUUUCCUCGCACCGAGACCAUCGAGUCGGAAGAGGGAAUGCCAAUAGUCAAUGCGCCGCUCAACCUCCAAGGAUUGAGAACACGCCUCAGCUCAGCUGCGAGUUUGAGAGCCGGGGCCAAUAACGGAUUAUCUGCACUGUUGGAUACGGACCGCAAGGACGGAUUGUGGAGAGCGCGUUCGUACUCGUUCGUCACGCCACCAGAAUUCCUCACUGGCCCGUCGCUGGCGCACUUCAACACGAUGCUGCAGCAAUCCAUCGAGCGCCAUGAGCUGCCCAGCCCAGAAACUUGGCACCGCGUGCUGAGCAAGCUUCUGCUCCGCGUGUCGACCAACCUCCGCCCUGUUGUCCGUGCUGGGGAUUCGAUCGACGUUCGCACGUACGUCAAGAUUAAGAAGGUGCCUGGCGGCAAAAUCACAGACUCGGAGUACGUCGACGGUAUCGUGAUAACCAAGAACGUCGCACACAAGGGCAUGUCGCGUCGGCUUGUCAACCCGCGCAUCAUGGUCAUCACAUUCCCCCUAGACUACCACCGUGUCGAGACGCAGUUCAUGUCCCUUGAUCCAAUUCUCAAGCAGGAGAACGACUACCUGCGUCUGUUAACAAACCGCAUCAUCGACCUGCGCCCGCACAUCGUUCUCGUGGAGCGCUUCGUCUCGCGCAUCGCGCUCGAUUUCCUGUACAAGGCCAACAUCGUCGUUGCGCGGGGAGUUAAGUUCAGCGCCAUUCACCAGGUCGCGCGGUGUACACACGCUGACAUCAUCGGCUCGAUGGACAAGCUCGCUUUAGAACCACGACUAGGUCGCUGCGCCGACUUCAAGGUUCAGACGUUCGAACACGAGCUCAUUCCUGGCAAGCGCAAGACGUACAUGCGUUUCGAGGGAACACACAACGGCUUUGGCGGCACCAUCAUUUUGCGAGGCGGCACACUCUCCACCCUCAAGAGAGCCAAGCUUAUCGCCGACUUCCUGGCGCUCGUCGCGUACCACCUCAAGAACGAGACGUUCCUCUACGGCGAUGAGUUUCAGAUGCUCCCUCCGCGCCCACCUAUGCCAGAGGAGUACCGCGAUCUCCUACGCCUUCUGGCGGAUAAGCGCGCAACUCCAAAAGCGGUAUACGGACGUGAUGCGAGCUCCCCGCCCACAGAGUCGCCCAUAUCCCCCGAUUCCGAACUCACGCCCCGUGCUGAGCGCGAGUCCUCGGAUCCGAAAGAGAUCGAGAGAGCAAACGCGCUGCAGGUCACGCGCGAGAUCGCCGAGAGUCUCGAACCGUAUCUCACGACCGUGCUGAGUGCUUCUGUGGCUGUGCGUUUCCCCCCUCCACAUACCCUCGCCAAGAUGGCCGCCUUGGACCGAAAGCUCAACUUCCUGAGGCUGAAGAAGGACGAGCGGGAGGCUGCAAAGAUCCUUGAAGAGGAGAAGCGGCCCGAGCCUCCCAAGCUGGAGCUUGUCAAGAUGGAGCCGAUCAAGAUCGUCGUCGAGACCGAGGAGGAAUAUGCGAGGAAGGAGGCCGAGAAGAAGGAGUCCGAGAUGAAGGACACUGAGAAGAAGGAGGCCGAGAAGAAGGACACCGAGAAGAACGAGGCAGACAAGGCCAUCGACACCGACAAGAAGGAUGCGGACCAGUCGUCGGAGACCAAGGGCGCAGACCAGGCCAAGAGUCUGAGCCCCGAGAAGGAGGCUGAGACACCGAAAGCCCCAGAAAAGACCCCGCCGAAGGAGGAAGACAGCAAGGAAUCAGACAAGCCUGAGCAUCCAGUUGCCGUCAAGCCUGAGACGGAGAUUGUUGAUGACGCGAUGUCCAUCAAGUCUGCACCGCUCCCAAAGAUCGAUGCUGGUUCAGCGACGUCGUCUGCCGCCAACUCGGCCUUCACAUCACCCGUCGCCGCUCCAACAGCUACCCUCCCAUCCUCUAUAUCUCUUCCAGUUUUAUCGCCACCCACACCCUCACCCACACCUGUCCCUGCCCUAACACCACUGGUCUUGGCACCGACGCCUGUGCCAUCAACCGUGGUAGGCGGUAAGGGGGGAGACCCUUACCGCAUCUUGCUGAACCCGGAGGACUUCAUCGACGCCAGCACGCUCGCGUUUGUCGAGUACGAUCAUGAGGAGCAAUACAAGCUUUUCAAGCAUUACGUGAGACGCAACAAUGGUCCACUCCACCCCAAGAACUUCCAGGGUAUCAUCUAUCUGCAAGCUCUCUACCGGCAGGGCCAGGACAAACCGUGCGUUGAGCCAGCCCGCCAGCAAAUCAACUUCUACCAGGAGGACGACCAGACACUGGGCCAGUUCCUCGGCUCGAUGGUCGCGAACGCAGUUCACCGCUGUCCCAAUCCGGCCUGUGAGAUUCUUAUGCUCUUCCACUACGACGUUCUCGUCCAUGCGGAGCGCCGUCUGCAGAUCGCCAUGGAACACUUCUCUUGCCCGUUACCUGGGCACGAGGAGCAGAUUUUGACAUGGAGUUACUGCCGACAGUGCAACCGCUCGUGGGAACCGACCGUCAUCCGUGAGGAGACGUGGCGGAUGAGCUGGGGCGCGUACCUCGAGCACUGCUUCUACCCCCCCGAAACGCGGACGGGAUUCGGAUGUGCGCAUGACGCCUACCGCGAACAUAUCCGGUACUUUGCCCAUCACAACAUGGUUGUGCGGAUCCACAACGACGAGAUCGAGCUGUACGAGCCCGUCAGACCGCCGAUCAAGGUCAUCUGGAACGUCGAGGACAAGGUAGCGCUCAAGAACGCCGAAUACGAGAGCGCACUGGCGAAGACGGCCGCGUUCUUUGACUCUGUCAUGCACCGUCUCCGUAGCUUCACGGACGACCUUGUCGAACCUGACAAGCAGGCGCGCAUGCGCGCGGACCGCGACGCGCUGCUCACGCGUGCAGUUGCCGACCGCGACGAGACAGUCAACUCGCUCAAGCUUACAUACAAGCAGACACCGCCAACCGAUGUCCUCGCGAUCAACGUUGUGCUGCAAGCUCUCCAAGACAGGGUCAUCCAAUGGGAUCUUGACUUCUUAGACGUCGAGAAGCUGUACAUGCCUUCCGAGAAGGACCUGAAGAGAAUGACUGCGACCCAUUUGAAGCGUCUAUUCGCUACCCACGAUGUGUUCGGUUCGCUCGAUAAGAACGUUGCUGGAAUCGCCGUGCCUGAAGUCGACGAACAUGAGAAGAUGACGGACCCCGAGUCGUCAAAACCGCCCUCAGUAGCACCGACGCUUGAGCUUGAUAGCAGAGCUGCGACUCCGCCGUUACCUGAGUCGGAAGCUAGCGGGCCCAGCCCUGAGAAGGUAGACGAAAAGCCAGAGGCCGACAACUUGGGAGACAAGCCGACCCACGCCAACGACAAGGGUGAGAAGCCUGACGACAUGGUCACCAGUAGCGUAACGACGUCGAGCGACACUGCGACGCCCACACAAACGAUGUCGCGCGCGACUGCGCCGUCGCUGCUCGCGCCGCCCAUGACGCCUGAGCUCGAGACUCGGAACACGCCUCGUGGCUACGAGACCGACUCGACGAUAUCCGCCGCACCGCGCCCAAUUUCCGUUGCUGCACAACCUUACACACCGUCUGCCGACCUAGCGUCGAGCGGGGUUGACAGCGACACCCACGCGUUCGUCUCGCGGCUGCCUGUCCGUCGGAAUCGUCCAACCCCAAGCGUGGCGGACCUCGUCAAGCGCUUCCAAGACACCGCUCCAGAACGCAGCGGGGCGUCAACGCCGACGCUCGAGAGGCCGCGCUCAGCUGCCGGCGUGCACCGUCGUGUGCGUCACGAGCCGACCGACGUCUCGGACAGUGAUGCGGGGCGUCCGCACAGACCCUUCCUCCGACGCAACAGGGCGACUGAGCAGACGGUUAUGCAGCGGAACUCCUCGAGAUCCAACUUAUUCUCGGAUGGGGACCGCAGCUAUGCCGUCAACGCAAGUCGGAUGGUGUCGAAGCGGCAGAACACUGAUCCCACCUCUGGGAUUAGAGGACGGCUCUCGCAAGCUCCUUCACCUAGCCGCAGUCGCUCGCGGCCCGUAUCUCCCUCCGCACGGAAAGACGGCCGCCUUGCCGCUCCUACGAACGUGCCGAUAUCCAAGAGCGUCAGCAUGGACGGCAAGCCGCGUCUCUUGGGCAAGGGAAAGACCCCACGUAAGCCACCUCUGCCUGUUGCACCGCAGGCGUCGCCGGGCGGGAAUCUCAUGAGGGGCAUUCCGCGCCGCGUCAUGGGUGCCGGUAGUCGUGUGACCUCCAUCGCCAGGCACUUUGACAAGAUCAGCCGCGACGCCGAGCGUGACAGAGCUAAGCGCAUAAGCCUGGCACGCGGGAAGCGUGCUGGCCGCGUCGGUGUUACUAAGGCUCGCGUACAAGUGUUCAACAACGUCCGCGACGCGUUCAGGGACGAAUUUGAUUCUGACUCGUCCGCUGCCGACAACGAGGAGGAAGCCGACGGGAGCGACGUGAGUGUCGACUCGACGGGCCGUGCGAAACCACGCCGCAAGCAGAGCUCGCCGGCCAAGCCGCGUCCGGCGUUACUGCCACCCCACGUACAUGUCCCACCGACCCCUCCACCCAAGAAGGCGCGUCGUAGCGAUGACGAUACCGAGGCCGAAGCCGAAGCAACCACACCCAAACCUGCAGCUCCCGAAACUAGACUGUCAGAGGUUUAUGCGGAGACGGAUGACGCCGGGGGCAGUAAGAUCGCCAGUGACCGGCUGCACAUCGAACUUGCCCCGUUCGACACGUCGGCUCCUCUCCCCAGCGUCCCCCCGACUCCUGCUACUGGCCUGAUAACCGAGGACGAGGCAGCCAAGAAGGGCUUGAGCCAGAUGUCGCAGAUCAGCGAAAGCGAGAUGUCGUCUGGCGGCGGCGAGCGUUCGAGUAUUCUCAAGACGUUAACCGGCUUGUGGGCAAUCCGCGCGGGGGACUUCACACCGCUUGAUUAUCCCCUCAGCGCUGCGGAGCACAUCUUCGUUGACUCGCGUGUGAUUGUGCGUGAGCACGAGCCGACGUCCAUCAUCGCCUUCACGCUCUGCUCGAAGCAAUACAGAGAGCAGAUCAGGUCGGUGGCGGCGGCAUCCAAGGCACGUGCGGCGCGCGCGGAGAGGGCACAGCACUCAACUCUUCCCUCGGAGCCGAGCAUGUUGGAGGAAGUGGGAAACGAGCGGCCAUGGGAUAUGGUCAGCGUCGACGAGCUCGACGAGCCAUCAUUAGCUGGCACGCAUUUGAAAUACGAGUUCGAGGCGGGUUCCUCGACCAUUUCGUGCCGGAUCUUCUUCGCCGAGCAGUUCGCUGCACUGCGCCUGGCAUGUCAAUGCGAGGACGGGUUCAUCGACAGCCUGGCGCGCUGUGCCAAGUUUGAUGCCAGUGGCGGCAAGUCGGGCAGCGCCUUCCUCAAGACCAAGGACAAUCGGUUCAUCGUCAAAGAAAUUUCGCGAUACGAGAUGGACGCCCUAACCAAGUUCGCCCCGGCAUACUUCGAGUACACGAGUACGGCGUUUGAUCGGCAGCGACCCACUGCGCUCGCCAAGACAUACGGCAUCUUCAAGAUCGGCUACCGCAAUGGUGUGACUGGCCGGAGCAUGCACAUGAAUGUGCUUGUGCAGGAGAACCUGUUCUACGGGCGCCACUUUAGCAAGAUCUACGACCUCAAGGGCAGCACACGCAACCGCCUCAUUAAGCCGACUGGCCGCGCAAACGAGGUGCUCCUUGACGAGAACCUCAUGGAGAUCUCGCACACUUCGCCGCUGUACCUGCGGGACCACGCCAAGCUCAUCCUCCGCACUGCACUGUGGAACGACACGCUCUUCCUCUCCGGCCUCAAUGUCAUGGACUACUCGCUCGUUGUCGGAGUAGACGCGGAGAACAAGGAGCUCGUCGUCGGCGUCGUCGACUACAUCCGUACAUUCACAUGGGACAAGAAGGUCGAGUCGUGGGUCAAGGAUUUUGGCGGAGGAGGACGCGGCGAGCCUACCAUUGUCACACCGCAGCAAUACAGAAAGCGCUUCCGGACCGCCAUGGAGAGAUUCUACUUCCCUUCAGUGCCGGACCGUUGGAGCCAGGCCAUGGCCGACGAGCCGCUCGACGAGGAGAGCGCGACUCUAUUGAACAUGUAA